CGAAUUGACAUCGCCAUUGUUGUUGAUCUCCAGUAACGACACACACAAUGGCUAUGAAAGGUGUCGAAAUGGAGACUGCGGUCUCGCUCGCUGUCGCCGACAUCACCGCGGAAGGCGUUCCCAACUUCGGCCGCGAGAUGCGCAAGUACUUUCAGUUCGACGAUGACUGGAUCAACCUCAACAAUGGCUCCUUCGGCAGCUGUCCCGAACCGGUGACCCGCGUCUACCAGCACUUCCAGCACCUCUCCGAGCGUCGCCCAGACACCUUCAUCCGCACAAACCUCCCGCGUCUCCUCGCCGAAUCCCGCAGCGCCCUCGCCAAGCUCGUCAACGCACCGCCCGCAACCGUCGUCUUCGUCCCCAAUGCCACCACCGCCGUCAACAUUGUCCUCCGCGGCCUCGAGUGGGCCCCCGGCGACAAGAUCCUCUACUUCGACUUCAUCUACGGCGCAUGCGGCAACACAGUCCUGUACGUCGCGGAGUCGACCGCCGCCUCAGCCCUCCGCGUCGAAGUGCAACUCCCGAUCACGGACGACGCGCUCCUUUCCGUGUUCGAGGCGACGAUCACCGCCGCCGCCGGCACCGUGAAGCUCGCCGUCUUCGACGCCAUCGUCUCCCUCCCCGGCGUGCGCCUCCCCUUCGAGCGCCUCGUCGCCGCCUGUAAGAAGCACCACAUCCUGUCGCUCGUCGAUGCCGCCCACAGCGUCGGCCAGAUGCCGCUCGACAUGCAGGCGCUCGACGCAGACUUCUUCACCAGCAACUGCCACAAGUGGCUGUAUGCGCCGCGCGGCUGCGCGUUCCUGUACGUGCCCGAGCGGAACCAGAGCUUGAUCCGCAGCACGCUGCCGACUAGUUGGGGAUUUGUGCCGAAGACCGGGGGAGCAGUGAUCUCGCCGCUCCCGCAGAUCGAGGGCGACGUGGGUUGGGCGAAGAUGUUUACGUUUGUGGGAACGGUUGACUCCAGUGGCUAUCUGUCCGUUCCGGCGGCUAUCGCUGUGCGCGAGAGACUGGGUGGUGAGCAGAAGAUCAUGCAGUACACCUGGGACAUUGCGAGAAAGGGCGCGGAGAUCUUCCGUCAGCGGCUGGGAACCGACAUCAUGCCUAGCUAUGGGGCGGGGGAGGUGGCGAUGUUUAACAUCCGCUUGCCGUUGGAACUCCAUGAGGUCGAGGAGAGCUUGAGAGGUGAGGUGGUCACCUUCUUGACGGAUAGUUUGGAUGCCCAUGGGACCUAUGUGGCGGUUUAUCUGUACAAGGGCGUGUUCUGGACGCGCGUCUCGGGGCAGGUGUAUCUGGACGAAGAGGAUUUCGUGAAAGGCGCAGAGAUUAUGGCGGGGCUGGUGGAUAUGGUCAAGACCGGUGAGUGGAGGAGCCUGGAGGGAAAGAUAAAGGGGUUGGCUGUUUAAGAUUCAAUGCGGGGAGGAAACAUACUGGGCAAUGACAAUGUAUUUCACGGAAUCAACGCCUUGAAUCUUGAUCGCUGUGGCCAAUAGCAAUGACAUAAAAUUCCCG